UACGCCAUAAAUAUACGCGGCCGGACGGAAGUAGCCGAGGGCUUCAUGAUCUCCCUGCCCACGGUGUAGCCCAUGGUGUGUCCGUUCAGCUCAGAGUGCAGUUGAAACUUGGCUGAAACGAAAUACCUGGGUAAUAUCACGAUGCUCGCAAGGUUCCGUGCCUGUGCGCAGCUUUCUCGCCUGUGCGAGCUGUCGAAGGGCGGCCCUGCGAGUGGACGGGCCCGACGGCCUACCGCGGCCGCCCUUUGCAUGCUAGCGUCGCACACGCCGUGGUCGUCGCUCCACACCAGACACGGGGCAGCGACAGUGCCCCUGGCCGGCACCGUGGUUGAAGGCACGGCGCCCUCGGAGCUCGCGAGCAGAGAGGUGUUGCGGCGGGUGGACGCGCAGGUCGCCGGCGGCAGCCACGGCAGGCUUUUCGCCGUCGUCUUCAUCCACGGCAAGCAGUACAAGGUGACCGCAGAGGACUUGAUCGUCGUACAGGCCAACAUGCCCGUGGACGUGGGCGACUCCCUGCGCCUCGAGAAGGUCCUGCUGGUAGGCGCCAGGGACUUCACACUCGUGGGCAGGCCGCUCCUUAGCGGGGUCCGUGUGGACGCCACCGUCGUCGAGAAGACGCUCUCGCAGCAAGUGCGCAAUUUCGUGUUUCGGCGCCGCUCGCGCUUCCAGAGGCAUUACUUCUACCGCUUCCCCUUCACCGUGCUCAGAAUCAACGCCAUCCGCCUACCCGCCGCCUGUUGAACUCACCGCCGCCAAGCUGCUUGCGUGCCACAUUGCCGAGAACGUUUUGGAAGUGGCUGGCCGGACAGCUCCCCUGCCGGUCUCGCAAAGUACAAAUAAAAAGAAAAAUUCCAAAGACA